UCUGACGUAGUCCUGGAGGCGUUGGCUGGUGUCACUGGCUUAUCUGGAAAACCUGCGACGUACAAGACAUUCUUUUAAAAAGAUCUUUGAGCGCAGCCGAAUUUGAACAAAUCAAGGACUUUAAUUUCUUGGUUUUAUUUGUGCUACCAUUUAGAAAGUUACCCGAACACGCUGAAAUGAUCAAAAACGGUCACCACGCCACUCGCGACCACCGUGAUGAAGCCGGUUGCAGUAAGCCGGGUGGUUCAGAGUGUACCCCGGAGAAAAGGAAGCGCGUCGUCCGGGUGUGGUGUGACGGCUGUUAUGACAUGGUGCACUACGGUCACUCUAACCAGCUGCGGCAGGCCAAAGCCAUGGGAGAUUACCUCAUAGUUGGAGUGCAUACAGAUGCUGAGAUUUCCAAGCACAAAGGUCCUCCAGUCUUCACUCAGGAAGAACGCUACAAGAUGGUGCGGGCCAUCAAGUGGGUGGAUGAGAUAGUGGAAGGAGCGCCAUACGUUACCACCCUGGAGACUCUGGACAAGUACAACUGUGACUUCUGUGUGCACGGAGAUGACAUCACGCUGACAGUAGAUGGUAAGGACACAUAUGAAGAGGUGAAGCGUGAAAGCCGUUACCGUGAAUGUAAACGCACACAGGGCGUCUCCACCACUGACCUGGUGGGGCGAAUGCUUCUCAUGACCAAAGCCCAUCACAGCAACAUGGACAACCCAGAUUACCAGCAGCAUACAGACAACUUUGGAAAAGUAAGCGGUCCUAAAGGCCACAGUCCAUGGACAGGUGUGUCUCAGUUCCUCCAGACGUCCCAGAAGAUCAUCCAGUUUGCCUCAGGAAAUGAGCCUCAGCCUGGAGACACCAUCAUCUACGUUGCUGGGGCAUUCGACCUCUUCCACAUUGGCCAUGUUGACUUCUUAGAGAUGGUCUAUAAGCAGGCAGAGAGGCCGUACGUCAUCGUAGGCCUGCACUUUGACCAGGAAGUGAAUCGCUACAAGGGGAAGAACUAUCCAAUCAUGAACAUCCAUGAGAGAACGCUGAGUGUCCUGGCCUGUCGGUACGUGUCAGAGGUGGUGAUUGGAGCACCAUAUGCAGUGGGCAAAGACCUGCUGGAUCAUUUCAAGGUGGACCUGGUGUGUCAUGGCAAGACGGAGGUGUUUCUAGACAAGGAUGGGGCUGACCCCUAUGCUGAGCCGAAGAAGAGGGGGAUAUUCAGGACAAUCGAUAGUGGGAACAAUCUCACCACGGAUGACAUUGUGCAGAGGAUCAUUGAAAACAGGCUGCAGUUUGAAGCCAGGAACCAAAAGAAGGAGGCCAAGGAGAUGGCGGUGAUUGAGGCGAUGAAGAGGAGGGAGCAGCAGGAACAGAAUGAAGCUGCAGCCCAGGCUGCUCAGUAGUGGGACCUCAGACCUGGUUCUGUGUCUGAUAUCCUGGUCCACACAGCUUUUAGAUGGUAGACGGGCGGCACAUAUUGUCCUAAACUGGGCCUGGCUGGGUGGAAUGGCUGAGGGGAUGUCAGUCAGCCCUCUGUGCAGUGUGUCUUACACACCGCUGGGUUUGCUUCCAAACAUAUUGUGGUUCAACCCGCAAAGUCCCUUUAAAGCAGUCAUCCUCUACUGAGAACUUUUUAUGUUAUCUCCUGUCAUGUUUGGGUUUUGUCCAUGGAUUCACCCACUUUGUGUUCCACUAUAUGUAUAGAAGUGGUUUGUUAAGUUUGUAAUAAGCCAUAAAUUAUUGACAAAAUGUUCUGUCAGUUAUGUUUUUAGAUUUGAACCAUGUUAAUUUUAAAUAAUCAGUCAAGUGUCAUCGAUAAGCUUGAAUGUGGCAUAUUUUAGCACACUUGGAAAAGUAGAUUUAUUUGAAUUUCUCUCACUAUGUUUUUAUCCAUCCUGAAAAAACAUUACUGCUAUUUUAAAUGAUCUGUGAAUUAGUCUUUAAUUUUAACUGUGGACUUUAACUAGCUGAAUUUGCACCAAGCGCCUGCGUGCGUGCAUGCGUGUGUGCGAGCGAGAAAGAGGGAGAAAGUGUGAGCUUAGUAAGGUUAAUGUUUUGCGCUGUAGUGCCUCGUUCCCAAAGCUAUACUGUAACUACUUUAAGGGCUGUGACUUGUAUACAAAAAAAAUCUUAAACUAUCUGUGUGUCUCUACAGCUGUUUGUAAAAAUCACUCUUCUUUCUUCAGUCUGGUUUAAAGAAAUGUGUUUUAAAAAUCUGGAUUGUCCUCCUUUUCUGCUUCUGCAAAAUGUUGUUGAUGGUAGAAGGAGACUGUUGCUGUUCCUGUUGCUAUGUGAGGUGUAUUACUUGUAGGUCCAUUGUUAAUAGUGUGGAAGUGUGUGUGUGUGCGCGUGUGUUUAAAAAGUGUGUCCGUUGGAAGUAUGAUAGUGGCAAACUGAGAAAUGAUUACAUUUCUAAAUAUUAGAUGCUGGGACUUUUCACAACCUUUCAAUCACUACGUUGCAUUGUGUAAGUGUCCCUUUUUUAAUAAAUAAAUUGGUAAGAGAG